ACACAGCAGAGCUUUUGACGUUUCUUUGUUGACACGUGCAGACAUAACCUAACUCUAGUUGUUUUAUAACUUUUUUAAACUUCUCCUGACUGUGAACGCACAAAUUUUAUUAAAAACUGUUUCUUUGGAAAUCCAUGUAAAUCUUUAGUGCAUAAAAAAUGCCUAAAACACGGAAAUUUAUUGAUAAAAAGAAAGCUAUUACCUUUCAACUAGUCCACAGGAGUCAGCAGGAUCCUUUAAUAGCAGAUGAAAAUGCCCCUCAGAGAGUCCUUGUUCCAAUAGCUGAGAAGGAAAAACGUUUGGAGGAACAACACAAAUAUGGGAUUUAUUUCAACGACGACUGUAAUUACUUAGAACAUUUGAAAGACCCGAAAGAUAAUCAAGUAGAAUGGCCAAACCACGUAGAAAAAGCUCUCGACGAGAGAAAGAUCAAAUUUGACCUACCUGCCACAGUUUUCGCCUCAAAACAUGAGGAAAAAGAAGGAAUGUUAAGCAAGGCUGCACCAAUUUCAGGGCCCCAGCUUCAUUUGGAUCCUGACUUAGUUGCUGCAAUGGAUGAAGAUUUUGAUUACUCAGAUCCUGAGAAUCAGUUAGAGGAUAAUUUUAUUGAGUUAGCUGAAGGUGUUGCCUCUGAUCAAGAAUUUGACGAUGAGUUUGAAUUGGAAUCAGAUUUUGGCAGUGAGGAAAGAGAUGAAGUUGGGUCAUUGCCAGACUCUCAAUUGUCUUUCAAUGAAGAAGAAACAAAGUCAAGAUUUACCAAUUAUUCAAUGACAAGUUCUGUAAUUAGGAGGAACGAGCAGCUUACUUUGCUUGAUGACAAAUUUGAACAGAUGUAUGCUGACUACGAUGACAACGAGAUUGGGGCUUUGGACUGUGAAGAAAUUGAAGGCCAUGUACCAGAGAGCUCUGACAUACUUUUACAAUAUGCAGAAGAGUUUGAGCGAAGUCAACAAAAAGAGAAAUUAGAUAAAGAAGUCAUAAAGGCGAAAAUUGAUGAAACUUUGAUUAAAGACUCUGAAAGUGGAGAUGAGAUGGUGUAUAUGGAAGUACCAGAGAGGAAAAAGUGGGAUUGUGAAUCUAUUUUAAGCACCUAUUCUAAUAUCUACAACCACCCGAAAUUGAUCAAGGAACCAUCUAAGGAAAAAAUCCAAAUUAAUAAGAAAACCGGCAUUCCUAUUAAUAUCUUAGGUUCGAAUAAAUUAACACAAAAGGCUUUAGAUAAGCUGAAUCAAGAGAAUGAGUUUAUUGAAAGUAGGGGCCCAAAAUCAACAGGAGUGCAAUCUGUUAUUUCUCAAUUGUCGACUCUCUCUGUGCGGCCAAGGGGCGAAACUCCUGAGGAGAGAAGAGACAGGAAGAAACUUUUGAAGGAUUAUAAAAGAGAGCGUCGAUUGGAGAAAAAAUCCAAUACUAUAGCAUUCAAGGAAGAAGCGAAGAGACAAGUUAAAAUAAACAUUAAUAACCGGAAUAAUAUUCAAGCGAAUAAAAUUUUGUAAUUUUUGUUGUAGUUAUUACUAGAGAUAUUGUUUAAAUAAAGUUUGAAGAAUUGAA